AUGACCGAGCUUCUCACCCUGAGAGCCCAGUCACCCUACGGAGGAAGCUUAUUUCGGCCGCUUGCACCGACUGGGGCAGCCCUGGCGGAGUCCAACCCCCACCGGAAACGAGUCCGACUUACUACCAGCUAUGCGGACCAAGCUCUGACACCGGUCGUACAGGGAACGGACGGCCCGUAUCAGGGGGUCCGAUACCCCAUACUCCCGGAAAACCCCCCACAGGACUCCCAGAGGAACACGGUCGAAUGCCUUCUCCAACAGCGCACUGUCGCCACCAUACACAGUGUUGACGGUGCACUGCUCCCCCCUCCUGAACUGCGAAUGGUGGUCCAGAAGCCGUCUAUUCGAAGCCGUCUGGAAGUCGUUCUCCGUGGCCUUAACAAACUCCUCCCAUGUCCGGGUUUUUGCCUCAGCGACCGCCGCAGCUGCACUCCGCUUGGCCUGUCGAGGAAGUCCAGGCCACAGGAGCUGAAGAAAUCCCUCAGGAUGAAAGUUUUGUUCGCCAGGGAUCUAGCGUUCACCAAGCCAAUCCUGGUGGGAGCUGGGGCCUGUGGUCCGGUGGACCGCGCUGGGACACAGCGAGAGGAGGGAGCAAUCCAUGUCCUGUCCGAGAAAUGGACGAAGAGCGUGUCAGCCAGAGCUUCAACUUCACAGGCCGACCGCCGCGUUUACCGCGAACGGGAACGCUUCCGCCGAGAAGGCACCGACAACCUUACGGCCACAGCACCUGUCGGCCGCCUUGACAAUGGAGGCACGGACCAUGGCCCAAUCGGACUCAAUUUCCCCCACUUCCUCCGGUACAUGGAGAUCAGACAGAUUGAAACAGCAUCCAGGAAACCAGACAGACCAGAAACAACAAUCAGACAAGAAGACAUCUUUAAAACCUCACCUGGAAGAGAUGAACCAAUCAGAACAGUGAUGACAAAGGGAGUGGCUGGCAUUGGGAAAACAGUCUUAACACAGAAGUUCACUCUGGACUGGGCUGAAGACAAAGCCAACCAGGACAUACACUUCACAUUUCCAUUCACUUUCAGAGAGCUGAAUGUGCUGAAAGAGAAAAAGUACAGCUUGGUGGAACUUGUUCAUCACUUCUUUACUGAAACCAAAGAAGCAGGAAUCUGCAGGUUUGAAGAGUUCCAGGUUGUGUUCAUCUUUGACGGUCUGGAUGAGUGUCGACUUCCUCUGGACUUCCACAACACUGAGAUCCUGACUGAUGUUACAGAGUCCACCUCAGUGGAUGUGCUGCUGACAAACCUCAUCAGGGGGAAACUGCUUCCCUCUGCUCGCCUCUGGAUAACCACACGACCUGCAGCAGCCAAUCAGAUCCCUCCUGAGUGUGUCGACAUGGUGACAGAGGUCAGAGGGUUCACUGACCCACAGAAGGAAGAGUACUUCAGGAAGAGAUUCAAAGAUGAGGAGCAGGCCAGCACCAUCAUCUCCCACAUCAAGACAUCACGAAGCCUCCACAUCAUGUGCCACAUCCCAGUCUUCUGCUGGAUCACUGCUACAGUUCUGGAGGAUGUGUUGAAAAGCAGAGAGGGAGGAGAGCUGCCCAAGACCCUGACUGAGAUGUACAUCCACUUCCUGGUGGUUCAGUCCAAACUGAAGAACAUCAAGUAUGAUGGAGGAGCUGAGACAGAUCCACACUGGAGUCCAGAGAACAGGAAGAUGAUUGAGUCUCUGGGAAAACUGGCUUUUGAGCAGCUGCAGAAAGGCAACCUGAUCUUCUAUGAAUCAGACCUGACAGAGUGUGGCAUCGAUAUCAGAGCAGCCUCAGUGUACUCAGGAAUGUUCACACAAGUCUUUAAAGAGGAGAGAGGGCUGUACCAGGACAAGGUGUUCUGCUUCGUCCAUCUGAGCCUUCAGGAGUUUCUGGCUGCUCUUCAUGUCCACCUGACAUUCAUCGAGUCUGGAGUCAAUCUGCUGGCAGAAGAACAAACAACAUCCUGGUGGCCUGAAGUGUUCAGAGACAAAUCAACACGUUUCUACCAGAGUGCUGUGGACGAGGCCUUAAAGAGUCCAAAUGGACACCUGGACUUGUUCCUCCGCUUCCUCCUGGGUCUUUCACUGCAGACCAAUCAGACUCUCCUACGAGGUCUGCUGACAGGAAGUAACUCACAGACCAAUGAGAAAACAGUCGAUUACAUCAAGAAGAAGCUCAGUGAGAAUGUGUCUGCAGAGAGAAGCAUCAAUCUGUUCCACUGUCUGAAUGAACUGAAGGAUCGUUCUCUAGUGGAGGAGAUCCAACAGUACCUGAGAUCAGGAAGUCUCUCCACAGAUAAACUGUCUCCUGCUCAGUGGUCAGCUCUGGUCUUCAUCUUACUGUCAUCAGAAAAAGAUCUGGACGUGUUUGACCUGAAGAAAUACUCUGCUUCAGAGGAGGCUCUUCUGAGUCUGCUGCCAGUGGUCAAAGCAUCCAACAAAGCUCUGUUGAGUGACUGUAACCUCUCAGAGAGAAGCUGUGCAGCUCUGUCCUCAGUUCUCAGCUCCCAGUCCUCUAGUCUGAGAGAUCUGGACCUGAGUAACAACAACCUGCAGGAUUCAGGAGUGAAGCAGCUUUCUGCUGGACUGAAGAGUCCACACUGUGGACUGGAAACCCUCAGGUUUAGUGUCUGUAACCUCUCAAAGAGAAGCUGUGCAGCUCUGUCCUCAGUUCUCAGCUCCCAGUCCUCUAGUCUGAGAGAUCUGGACCUGAGUAACAACGACUUGCAGGAUUCAGGAGUGAAGCAGCUUUCUGCUGGACUGGAGAGUCCACACUGUGGACUGGAAACUCUCAGUCUGUCAGGAUGUCUGAUCACAGAGGAAGGCUGUGCUUCUCUGGCCUCAGCUCUGAGCUCCAACCCCUCCCAUCUGAGAGAGCUGGACCUGAGCUACAAUCAUCCAGGAGAGUCAGGAGAGAAGCUUCUCUCUGCUGGACUGAAGGAUCCACACUGGAGACUGGACACUCUCAGGAUUGACCAUGGUGGACUGCAGAGACUGAAACCUGGUCUGAGGAAGUAUGCCUGUGAACUGGAACUGGAUCCAAACACAAUGCACACAAACCUCAAACUGUCUGACAACAACAGGAAGGUGACAUUUGUGGAGGAGGAUCAGUCAUAUCCUGAUCAUCCAGACAGAUUUGACUCCUGGUCUCAGCUGCUGUGUAGCAAUGUUCUGACUGGUCGCUGUUACUGGGAGGUCGAGUGGAGAGGAGAGGCUUAUAUAUCAGUGAGCUACAGAAGAAUCAGAAGGAGAGGAGGCAGUGUUGACUGUUUGCUUGGAUAUAAUGAUCAGUCCUGGAGUCUGUUUUGCUCUGAUGGUCAUUACUCUGUCUGGCACAAUAAGAGAGAAACACCCAUCUCCUCCUCCUCCUCCCCCUCCUCCUCCUGCUCCUCCUCCUCCUCCUCCUCUGUCUCUAACAGAGUAGCAGUGUAUGUGGACUGUCCUGCUGGCACUCUGUCCUUCUACAGAGUCUCCUCUGACACACUGAUCCACCUCCACACCUUCAACACCACAUUCACUGAACCUCUGUAUGCUGGGUUUUGGGUCUGUCCUGGUUCAGUCUCUCUGUGUCCUCUGUAG